CGCGGGGGAGACGUGAGCGUGCACACGUACACACACAGCAGGGGAAGAGGCGCUUCACGCUGCGCCCAACUUUCUCCUUCCCUCCGCGGGCCGGGGGGAGAAAGUAGCCGGGGCUAUCCCGAGCCGGCGAUUCCUGGGGAGGGGGUCGAACAAGAAAAGGGAGGAGAUAGAAGUAAUUUCCCUGGAUUUAGCUUGUUUUGUCUUUGUUUUUGUUCUCACCAUCUCCGUCCGAUGACUGGAGAGUAAAAGGGAACCCGGAGCUGGGUGGCAGGCAGCGCUUUGAGAAAAUGCAGGAGUGUUUGGAGACGCGUAAAGUUGCCUUUCAAGCUCUGGCCUCCCGGGCAAGCGAAGCUCCGCGGCGGGCUGACUCAGGUCUGCCUUGGGCCUCCCUGUCACCCUCCUGGAAAUGAUGCAAGUCCCGACUGUCACCCAGAUCCCUGCAGCCCAGCCUGGAAUAGGGUCGGGAUUAGGGGAAGGAUGAGAAAACACCCUCCAGGUGUUGCACGGCCCACCCAAGCGGGAAUAAGGUGCAGUUGCUCAGCCCAAAGACUAUAUCUAGUGCUUCCGCUCCUGUCUUCAAUAGCGGGGUUCUUUUUAAUGCAAAUUGUCACAAGGCCAGGAAUUCCCAAGUGUGCUCAGUUGGCCCACAGCAUCACUGUGCCCAGGAAAUUGCUUCAAUCUACCAAGUUCUCUGGGCUGGGAAUCUCACUGAAUUUCAAAUGGCGGGGAAAGAAAACUUUCCCAACCCGAUGCGGGUGUCACGCGAGCCAGGGGCCCCAGGGACACUGUCCUAGCGCCGACCGUCCCCCUUUAGCUGCAACUGGAGCUGGGAUUGGCUUUUAUAUUCUACAGCCCGUUCGGCCAUUGCCCUGGAGCUCCCGCACACGCGCACGCAUCUCCGGCCGCGCUCGCUCACACACACACACACACACACACUCAAAAGCGUCACCGCCGCCAGGUCGGCAACUUUGUCGGGCGCUCGCGGCGGAGCUCGGCUUCCUCCUGUAGUAGUUGGGCGCAGGCCCCGCCUCCCGGCCGUGUUGUCAAAAGGGCCGGGGUCUCGGAUUGGUCCAGCCGCCGGGACAACACCUGCUCGACUCCUUCAUUCAAGUGACACCAGAGCUUCCAGGGAUAUUUGAGGCACCAUCCCUGCCAUUGCUGGACAUUCGCGGCGCUGCUAACGGCCUGGUCACAUGCUCUCCCGAGUGCUACUGGAGGGCGCUGUGUAACCUCUAUCGAGCUGCAGCCGCAAGGAGGAGGGAAAAGGCGAGCAAAGAGGAAGAGGAGGAGAAGGAGGGGUAGAGGGGAAGGAAAAAGAGGAGGAGGGGAGCACAAAGGACCCAGGUCUCCUGGUAGUAGGUUAAUACCAAGAACCAUGUGUGCCGAGCGGCUGAGCCAGUUCGUGACCCUGGUUUUUGUGUUGGCCACCUUUGACCCAGCGCGAGGGACGGACGCCAACAACCCACUCCAAGGUCCGCAAGACAGAAGCUCCCAGCAGAAGGGCCGCCUGUCCCUGCAGAAUACAGCGCAGAUCCAGCACUGUUUGGUCAAAGCUGGCGAUGUGGGGUGUGGCAUGUUUGAAUGUUUCGAGAACAACUCUUGUGAGAUUCGGGGCUUACAUGGAAUUUGCAUGACUUUUCUGCACAACGCUGGAAAAUUUGAUGCCCAGGGCAAGUCAUUCAUCAAAGACGUCUUGAAAUGUAAGGCCCACGCUCUGCGGCACAGGUUCGGCUGCAUAAGCCGGAAGUGCCCAGCCAUCCGGGAAAUGGUGUUGCAGUUGCAGCGGGAAUGCUACCUCAAGCACGACCUGUGCACGGUGGCCCAGGAGAACACCCAGGUGAUAGUGGAGAUGAUCCAUUUCAAGGACAUGCUGCUGCAGGAACCCUACCUGGACCUCGUGAACUUGUUGCUGACCUGUGGGGAGGAGGUGAAGGAGGCCAUCACCCACAGCGUGCAGGCUCAGUGUGAGCACAACUGGGGAAGUCUGUGCUCCAUCUUGAGCUUCUGCACCUCCGCCAUCCAGAGGCCCCCCACGGAGCUCCCCGAACGCCAGCCCCACAUGGACACAGCCAAGCUCUCCAGGGCCCACCACUGGGAAGCAGGACAUCAUCUCCCAGAACCCAGCAGUAGGGAGACCGGCCAAGGCACCAAGGGCGAGAGAGGUAGCAAGAGCCACCCAAACCCCCAUGCUCGAGGUAGAGUCGGGGGCCUUGGGGCCCAGGGACCUUCUGGAAGCAGCGAGUGGGAGGAUGAACAGUCCGAGUAUUCUGAUAUCCGGAGGUGAAACGAAAGGCCUGGCGACGAAAGCUUUCCUCUGCGCCGUCCAUUUUCUUAUCUAUGGACAUUCCAAAACAUUUACCAUUAGAGCGGGGGGAUGUCACAUGCAGGAUUCUGUGGGGACUGUAGACUUCAUGGAGGUGUGUGUUCUCGGAACGGACAGGUGAGAUGGAGACCUCUGGGGCCACGGGGUCUCGGGGGUGCCUGGUGAAUUCUGCACUUACACAUACUCAAGGAAGCGCCCCCGCGUUAUCCUUGUAUCUUUGUCUUCUUUCCAUCUGUGGAGCAAAUGGGUGGUGGCUGCUCUGUACUGGGGGAGGUGAACCGGGAGGGGCAGGGUAAGGCAGGACCCCCGGGGCUGGACCACACAGUGGGUGCCGGGCACCGCCCCAAAGCUUAUGGUGCAGCAGCCUCUGGUGCUGUCUCCACGAAGUCAGGGUGGCUGGAUUCCAGGACAGGAGUGAAUGUAAAAAUAAAUACCGCUUAGAAUGCAAGACACGGGUGGAGAGGAGGCAGGGCCGAGGGGGUGCUUGGUGCCAAACUGAAAUUAAGUUUCUUGCAUGGGACCUUGCCGUUCAGAGCUCUUGGUGGGGGCGGGGGGAGGGGUGGGAGGAGUGUCAUUUCUCUGUGUAAUUUCUGAGCCAUUGUUCUGUCUGGGCUGGGGGCGGGGGCACACUGUCCAAGGGAGCGGCCCCUAUGAGUUUAUAUUUUUACCACUGCUUCAAAUCUCCAUUUCACUUUUUUAUUUGUCCAGUUAUAUCUACAUAUCUGUCAUCUAAAUAAAUGGCUUUCAAACAAAGCAACUGGGUCAUUAAAACCAGCUCAAAGGGGAUUUUUUAAAAACUGCCCAUCCUUUGAGGCUGAUUUUUUUUUUUUUUAAGUUCUAUUUUAAAAGCUAUCAAACAGCGACAUAGCAAUACAUCUGACUGCCUGACGUGGACUCCUGCCCACUUGGGGGAAACCUUAUGCCCAGAGGAAAAUGCACACAUGGGGAGUACAUUUGACAAAUUUCCCUUAGGAUUUUGUUAUCUCAUCUUGACCCUCAGCCAAGAUUGGUAAAGCUGCGUCCUGGCAACUCCAGGAGGCCCAGCUGGAAACCUGGCUUCACCAUCUGAGAGGAUGGGAAAGGAAAGAAGAGAAUGAAGACUGCUUAGUAAUUCCCAUCAGGAAAUGCUGACCUUUUAAAUAAAAUCAAGGAGACUGCUGAAAAUCUCUAAGGGACAGGAUUUUCUAGAUCCUAAUUGGAAAUUCAGCAACAAGGAGAGGAGUCCAGUGGGACAAAAGAAAGGUAGAGCGAAGAGACAGAACUCAAAAUAUGAGGAAGGGAGGGUGAGGAUACUCAUUAAAGGUCUCAGUAGUGGGUUCUUGCAUUAUUGCCUGUAAUCCCAGCACUUUGGGAGGCUGAGGCAGGCAGAGCACCAGGUCAAGAGAUUGAGACCAUCCUGGCCAAUAUGGUGAAAUCCCGUCUCUACUAAAAAUACAAAAAAUUAGCUGGGCAUGGUGGCGGGCGUCUGUAAUCCCAGCUACUCGGGAGGCUGAGGAAGAAUUACUUGAACCCCAAAGGCAGAAGUUGCAGUGAGCUGAGAUCACACCACUGCACUCCAGCCUGCUAACAGAGUGAGACUCUGUCUCAAAAACAAAACAAAACAAAAAUCACCUAGAUAGGUCUUUUCUUCCUAAUAAGCUAUCAGAUUAAAGCUUAUCCUUUCUCAAGCAGAAGCUGAUAUUAAACAUGGAGUAGGUAUCCUGGACUGUGCUCUUCUGGAGCAGGGGUCUGCAAACGUUGUCUAUAAAGGUCCGGAUAGUGAAUCCAGUAUUUUCAGCUUGGUGCGCCAUAAGGUGUCUCGAAACCACUCAACUCUGCCGUCCUGGCACAAAAGCCGCCAUAGACAACACACAAACAAGCGGGCUUGGCUCCCUCCAGGAAGAUUUAUUGAACAGGCCCCCGGCUGAAUUUCACUCACAGGACGCAGUUUGCUAAUCUCUGUUCUAGUGAGUGGGCCAAAAAGCGCAUGCAUCCUUAUCUGUCAACUCAUUAGCUUUUCCUCAAAGCAACCUGAGGCCAGAUACCAAGAAGCUAAGUAUAUCUGCUGUAAAAUGACUAGUUCCCGGGGAAUGUGUUCACCCAAAACACAGCCAGUAUUUUUAUGUCCCAAACCCAAUCCCAGUCUUUCAUGGUCCAUGAAACGAGGAAGUGGGGAAAUCAUCAGUUGGGGGAGGGGAGGAAACCCUGCCCUCAGCCCCGCCACCUGGUCCCCCCGCACCCAGCAAGAUCUGGGUCUGCAGAGAAGAGAACAGAAGAGCUGGUGCACUUAAUCCAGCUCCGCCCUUGGUGGGAGGAGGACUGAUGUGUCAGGCUCUGCCAAGGGAACAAGUGUAAACUGCGGCUGUCUCCUGCAGUGAGCUACCUCGGCAGGCAGGCACGUUGACGGUUUUACUAACAUCACUCAAAAGCUAAAGCAGUAACUUUCUCCCACAUUGCUGAGUCAGCUGUUCGUUUGUCCCCCAGCUCCUGGACUGGAUGUGUGAAAGGCAUCACUUUUCCAUUUUCCUCGGUGUAAAUGUUUUAUGUGUUUGCUUACUGAUGUCCCAUUUGUUGCUUCUAUUGUAUAUAUUUGUCGUUUGUAUUUAUUCUCUCUCAAUCUCUUAGCCUCGUGAUUCUAAGGCAUAAAAUUGCUUACUAUGUUCAUUCGAACCCAUUUACUGAUCUCUGUUGUAUAUUUUUCAUGCCACUGGUUUGUCUUCUUCUCGGAAGUCAGGUAGAUAGCAUUUCAGUCUUGUCCCUCAUGAGAUUGGAAGCAUAUGAUAGUAUUGAUUGCUCAGGGUCUUCUGCUCAAAACCGAGGGAGGUCCAAAUUCCUGUAAGCAUUGAUUGAGACAUUUGCACAAUCUAAAAUGUAAGCAAAGCCAUCGUUAAAAAUACACCCUCUGCUUGGGCUUUAUGUUGCUUACAAAUUUACUCAUGAGCCUUCCUUUGAGGAAGGAUGUGGAUCUCCAAAUAAAGAUUUGAUGUUUAUUUUGAGUUCUGCAUCUUAACAAGAUGAUCUGAACACCUCUCCUUUGUAUCAGUAAAUAGCCCUAUUAUUCUGAAGUGAGAGGACCAAGUGUAGUAAAAUGCUGACAUCUAAAACUAAAUAAAUAGAAAACUCCAGGCCAGAACUACACUCAUACACACAGAAAGGGAGAAAUUUAAACUCGAACCAAGUAAAAGUCUUUGUGAAAAUAGCAUGGAAAAACAAUGCUUCCAGUGGCCACUUCCUUAGGAAGAACAACCCCAUCCGAUCUCAGAAUUGGCACCACGUGACCUUGCUAAGUCAUAAUAUCUAUUUCUGUUAUGGGUUUAGGCAACAGGACCUGUACAUUGCCACAUUGCAUUCUUUUUCUUGAAGCAUUAAUAAAAGUUUUAAAUAAAUG